GCAGAACAGUAGACAGAGAUCACCUGAGGGGUUUAUACAGCAGACUUAAUGACCUACCAGAACUUAUGAAUAGAAGGUUCCAAGUGGGUUCCAAACCUCCACAAGUACCUGUUGAUGCUUAUAGUUUUGAGAAACGUAACUCAGUAGACCUGCUCCGAGCCCAGCCAGUGUGUCCUUAUAAAACAGAAUGGCGGCUAAUACAUCGCGCGAAGAACAUCAACGAUACGGAAGUGAUAGUUUUCCAGCCUGAGAUUGAAAGUGAUGGCUUCCAGUGGUUCUAUACAGCUACGUGUGAUAGGGCUGCUUCAUAUCUCUAUGAUUCUUCUUGCCCAACGUGUUGUAGGGGUAUAGACACGACUAGAUAUGUGUCUACCUGUGUCCCUAAGAAGUCCUAUAUUAUGGCGUACGCCCGUCAGGCGCAGGAAUUGAACUAUGACUGGACCUGGAUACAGAUUGACACCGGAUGUAGCUGCGCCAUAUCAAGUAUACCGGGAGUAUGAAACCCAGAAUCAAGUUUUUGUGUCAACAGUUGUGUACCGUAAUUUAACUACUUCCAAGGAAACAAAAUUCAUCAUAGCCAAUCACAGAAGAAGAAAAAAAACUUUUGUAAAAGUUUUCUCAUUGAAAGAUAAUCAUAAAGCGAAACCAAUCGGACGAUUACUUGUUUAACAAUACUAUAUAUGGUUAAUUUUAUGAAUUCUACAUUUCAAUGAUUUAUUUUAACAUGGCAAAAGAAAACCUAAUGAUUAAGGAGGCAAAGAACAUUUCUUUAAACAACAUUAGGAAAAUUUGUUUUGA